UCCCGCCUCCUUACGCGCCAACAAUUCCGCUUCCCGGCCGAGGGCACGCUAGGAGUGGACGUGUAGGCUUCUUACCUGCUCUGGGGGCGGCGGCACGAUGGACAGCCCGGAGGUGACUUUUACGCUGGCCUACCUGGUGUUCGCCGUAUGCUUCGUGUUUACGCCCAACGAGUUCCACUCGGCCGGGCUCACGGUGCAGAACCUGCUGUCAGGCUGGCUGGGCAGCGAGGACGCCGCCUUCGUGCCCUACCACCUGCGUCGCACGGCCGCCACACUGCUGUGCCAUUCGCUGCUGCCGCUCGGCUACUAUGUGGGCAUGUGCUUUGCAGCCUCAGAAAAGCAUCUCUACUCUCCCAGCCAGGCCUCAGAAGCCUGGCAGCUCUUCCUCCUGCUGGCUGUGACACUCCCCUCUGCUGCCUGCACUCUGAUCUACUACUGGUCCCAGGACCAGUGGGCCUACCACCCACUGGCCCGCACCCUGGCCAUGUACACCCUCCCGCAGUCAGGCUGGCAGGCUGUUGCCUCCUCUAUCAACACUGAGUUCCGGCGUAUUGACAAGUUUGCUACUGGGGCACCAGGUGCCCGCGUAAUCGUGACAGACACGUGGGUGAUGAAGGUGACCACAUACCGUGUGCAUGUGGCCCAGCAACAGGAUGUGCACCUGACUGUGACAGAGUCUCGGCAGCAUGAGCUCUCACCAGACUCAAACCUGCCCGUGCAGCUCCUCACCAUCCAUGUGGCCAGUGUCAGCCCUGCUGUGCAGCCCUUUGACAUCCGGCUGAACUCCACAGAGUAUGGCGAGCUGUGUGAGAAGCUCCAGGCCCCCAUCCGAAGCGCUGCCAACGUGGUCAUCCACCAGAGCCUGGGCGACUUGUUCCUGGAGACAUUUGCCUCCCUGGUGGAGGUCAACCCGGCCUAUUCGGUGCCCAGCAGCCAGGAGCUGGAGCCCUGCAUUGGCUGCAUGCAGACUUGUGCCAGUGUGAAGCUGGUGAAGACCUGCCAGGAGCCAGCUGCAGGGGAGUGCCAGCAGUGCUACUGCCGCCCCAUGUGGUGUCUCACCUGCAUGGGCAAAUGGUUCGCCAGCCGCCAGGAUCCCCAGCGCCCUGACACCUGGCUGGCCAGCCGUGUGCCCUGCCCCACCUGCCGUGCGCGCUUCUGCAUCCUGGAUGUGUGCACUGUGCGCUGACUGUCGCUGUGGCUGUUGGUGGGGCCUCUGGGGUCUGAGUCUGGCUCUGUCCCCAGCCAGCUGCCUUCAGGAGCAGCCAGUGCCCUGGGCCCCUGCCAAAGGCUUGAUGGCAAGCACAUCACCUGUAGCUACUCUGCCUCCAGCCUGCGGUAGGUCAAGGACUUCUGUUUAGGAAAAAUUCUCACAGAGACACCCUGUUCCCAGGGCAUUCAGCACCUUCUCUUGUGCCCACUUGUCUCUAGUGGGGCAGGUGCUCCACAUUGAGCUCUCCAGGGCCCAAGACCUGCGGUCUGACCCCACAGCCUUCACCUGAUCACUCUGCCUUAAUUUUAUGGAGCAUACCUGCUCUCAGUUAUAAGCCAGAUCCACAUCUGACCCAGGCCUGCUCUUCAGCUGCUGUCUUGGCGCUGGCCACUUACUGUGGGACCCCUCCCAAGCCACAGAGGCUGCUAGGAGGACCUGGGCUGGAGCCUGGCAGUAGAGGGGAGAAUGGGGUGCCACUUGUGUGCUGGCCCAGCCCGGGGCUUCCUGGUGGCUGCAGGGAAUUGAGGGGCCACUCCUUGAUCAGGAAGCAGGUGUGGCAGCCUGGGGACGGCCAGGUGGUUUCCCAACCUUCCUGAGGCCCCGCCCAGUGCCUGGAGGUCUUCACUGUGCUCUUGGUGCCUUUUCCUGCUCCCACAAGCCAAAGAAGGCCCAGGUCUCAGACACCUGGUUUCGGGCACGGGUGGUGUGAAGGUGAGGGUGUUGCUGGGCUAUGGCCUGGGGUGCCACAGCAACACCCAGAACCACGUCCACUGGGACAGCACAGAGCCAGGCCCCAGCCCUAGGUCUGCCUAGCUCAGGAGAGGAUGUACCCAGUGAUCAUGCCUCUUGAAGGGCAUGCUGGCAGCUCCACCUGGUGCAGGUGGGAGGCCCCAGGCACAGCUCUGACAGGUGGGGCUGCUGGAGGGGCCUCACUAUGGCCCUGACCCCUGAAGCCUGGCUCUUUUCUGCCUGACUCCCUACUGCACCUGGCCCUAGGCAAGCUGAUUAGAGCAAGGGCAGCUCUGCAGGGUGGGGAUGCCUGGCGCACUGCUUCAGGAGCUCCCCAGCCAGCAGUGUUGGGGGCUGCCUAGGAGGAGCCAGUGGAUUGGGGUUAGUUUUCCCAUAAGUUAAAUUAGUUUUGUAAAUAAAAGUGUACCUAAACAAUACAGUAUUUAAUAAAAGAUUACUCCUUACCGUU